AUGUAUACGCGAAUUCGCGAGAGGAAUUAUGGCACACAGCUUGGCUUUGGUGCCGCUGAAGUAGCGGUGAAGGCAGUGGUCGUGACUUCACAUAUGACAUACUCUAUUCUGCCUAAGUUUGGUCUUGCGGGAAAACUGAAAGAAGGUUUUGAACAGAAAGGUACGUAAGCUCAUGAAAGCUUUGCAGUUGAACUAACAAAUAACUAUCAAAUGGUAACAUUUCCAUUUUCUUUGAAAGUUACAAGUAAGGAAUCCUUUUAAAACUAUAUGAAAUAUAAAGAUAAAUUUACGACUGAUAGUUUUCUUGAGAUUUUUUUAGGAGAAUAAACUGUGAUUUUGUCAGAAACAUUUAACUUCUAGAUCAGGUCAAUCUCUUGAGAAAAUUCAUUCAAAGACUCCCACGCAUACCACACCUUGAACUUCGCGACCCUGCUCGAUCGCUGAGAUCACAGCUCAGCCGACUUUAUCGGCCUUGUACGUUUGAAAAGUCCACAUCUUCUUUGUUAGUUAGCUCUUGGAAUAAAAUGAAAAUAAAGGGAAAAAAAUAAAAUCACGGCUCUUUAACUUAAUUCUCACUUUACGUGCUUGGACCUAAGUGGAUUUUAGAAUUGAAAAGAGUGAAUUGUUUUUAAUGAUUUGUUCGCCAGCUUCCCAAGUCGACACCAUGGCUUGUAAUGGACUAGAAUUCUUGCAAAACAAAUGGCUGGUUGCAAAAGGCCAAACAAACAAGGUAAGUGAAGAAUUGAAGAAGUAUUCCGCUGCCCUUAGCUUUAUUCCUUGAGUUUUGAUCAGUUACUGCCUCUUAAAGAUCCCAUUAUAGCGAUUUUCCUCUGACCUUAAACAAAAGUUUCCCUAGGUGUUCGUUAUAUUUAACACUUGAACUAGUAGUUAAAAAGACCAAAACGUGGACUCGUUGUGGCCACCAAAGGAAACCCAGAGAUGGAACUGAAAAGCAUCGUUUAAUUAUGCUUUAGGCACUGAGCAAUUUUCUGUUGCCCCAAGUUAUGGAAAAUUACUUUUCAGUAAUUUUUUUAUCUAAGGUCUAGGCCAAACGUCGAACUUUUCAUGAGACGAACCAGACUCUAAUUUGGGUCGACCUAAAUUCAGUUAAGAUCUUCUGUUGGGUCAGAUGUCGAACUUAGGACGGCGUAGAACCAAUCAACUGAAUCAGACCAAAAAGAAAUUCUAGUCGGCCAGUACAAGUAAAAACUUUUCUCCCGAGCGAGGCUAAGUAUACAUAAUGUCACAAAUUUUUAAUUUGUUAGUUUAGUCCGUCCGUGUGAAGAUCGACGUUUGUCUCGGAGGCGAUCUUGAGAAGUUCUACAAUGCAACGUGCUCAACCUCAUUCAGACGAACGAUUCAAACCAUAAAUUCAGACGAACUUAACUGAACCAGAAGUCGAACUUUUAAUGAAUUUAACUCGCUGGAUUUGAUUCAUCUCAUGAAAAGUUCGACGUUUGAUGUAGGCCCUGGAAUGCACUGCAAGCGUGUUCUAUUGAGCGUUUUCACUCACGUGGUCAGCAUCUAUGCAAAUUUAUUGGAACAAAAGAAGUCGUUUGCAUAAGAAAAGAGUUCAACUCCCACAGGACUGGUUUGAGACACAAACAUGGCCGCUGUUUCAUUGUUUUGGGACACCAAUAUGGCCGCCGUGACGUCACGUGAAAACACUCUAUAGCCAACCAAAAGACACACCCAUUUGAGUCUGCUCUGGCUGAACCAAUCAGAUUCUUAUGUCGGCUUCAAAAGGAGCUCCGAGUCCGGUAAUUGUAAUGAUCAUAUAAAACAAGGAAAAGAAAGGACUCUUUCUCAGGUCCAAAACAACCGUUCGUAAUAUCAGUGUGGUCGGGUGGUAUGGCGGGGUUCCACUGUUAUAAACAUCUUGAAAAAUAAACGUGUAGUCUAGGAGUAGUCAAAAAGACGAUCGGGUGAAUUUCUUUAAACUCGAGGUGUUUCUCAAAGAAACUUUGCAGAUAACUUGUUUAUUUAGGUCAAAUUGAAAGCUGAUCUCGUACCCAGAGUCCGCCAGCUUUUCGGUCAGCAGGACCACACCCGGCACCUGUACUCGCACGAGUACUGGGUACAAGGAAUAGCAAGAGCAAUGUUUGUUCUACGGUAAAAACUGUGGUUUCUUUACUCUUUAGCCUCCCACGAAGACAUUCUCAGGGCUUCGUCGCUCGUGUGAGGCUAUUCACUCUUUUGACGAAGCAUAGAACAUUAUGACAUCUCUGCCCUAGCUCAUUUAGACUGUUUGCAGUCCGUCCAGUUCUUAUCCCAGCCAGCGCAAUUGCAAACAGCGACGUUACAAUAAUAAUUUUAUUUUUCUUAUUUUUUUCGUUUAUCGCGCGUGGAGUAAUUUUGUAAAGAAAAAUAAGAGACUGGUUUUAUAGCUCAUUGAAAGCCUGCUUCUUCUAAUAAUGCCCUUUGCCGUAUCGAAGUUAGGUAAGAGGAUAUAAAAAGGACUCAUUCUUCCUUGACUGGCGUAGGUGAAUUGUAUCGCCAUAUUUUAAUUCCUAUUUAUAAAGGUCAUCAAGCACUUUUUCACCUUUAACCACGCACAAACUCUUCCAGGUCAUAGCUUUCGGAACAGAGAAACUUGAGCAGUCUGAUGUAGCAGAGGUUCUGAUCACGGUCACUGAAGCUGCUGUUGACUACUUCAAACCACCAGAAGAGAACGCAAAAACCCAAGAGAAAGCUGGCCUCCCUGUGGUACAAACUAAGGUGGAUCGAAUACGUGCAGUCAGUUACACCAUCGGAGACGAAGGAACAAAGGUAAAAAAUGGUAUUAAGUCAAAUAAUAGACAAAUUUAACCAUAGUUAGUAGAGGAGACUGGUUAUGAAAGCCGGCAAACAUCGAAGAUGAAACCAACGAUGCUGCAGUUUAUGUUGGAAGCUCCUUGACCGUGAAAAACCCUCUGUUUUUGGUUCACAAAUUGUGACUGAAAAUUAAUGCGAUGUUUCUAUUGGUCAAUUAGUUCAAAAUGAUAGGAGUGCUAUGGGACGUUUUGCACUCAAAAACGCCUACAAAAACAUAUAUUACAAAGAAGUCUGCUGAGCUUCAGAACCAACCAGUGCCGGAUCUUGACCUUAAGAUAGGGGUGGGGGGGUAUCCAGACCCUUAAAAAAGGCGGGGCUCCGGUCUCCAAAAGAUUAUUUUCGGCCCAUCGGGCCUCAGGUUGCCCUAAAAAAAGGGGGGCGCCCCCCGGGCCCCUCCCCUGGAUCCGCCAAGGUUAACUAUGAUUUAAGCAAACAAGACCACACACAGCCUCGAUCAUUCUCGGAUUUUUCUUCCCUCUCCUCCAACCUUAAUUUACAAGGGGAAAAGAUUAGAAGUAAGAGUCUGGGUGAAGAUGGUUGAUCCUCAUAUACUCUAUUACCCUGAAAUUCUGUUUUCUUGCUCUGGUGAAACAUGUCGAACAAAAACAUUUCUUACUCAGAGCGAUUUAAUUCUUAGAGCUCGCAUAAUAUUUUCCUUUAAGGUGAUCUUACACGAGAUUAUUCGCAACGACGACACAGCGUUGCAACAUUGUUGGGACAUUGUUUCGAAUGUUUACAACAUUGUUCCAACAUCGAAGAGCUGUGUAGACUGCAAAACAGUCCGUAUUUUUGCGUAUUCAAGUACGCGCGAGCAGUCAAACAAAAGGUGUGGAACGAGGCUGAAAAACGGUUUUUUCUCUCUCGCCUCACACGCCCUACGGGCGUGUGAGGCUCGCGCGGUUCGCGCGCAUAAGAGUCUUACACCCCGCGUUACCGAUUUCUUUACUGAUUUUGAGGAAAAAACCGACUGUUUUGCAGUCUAAGAGCUGUGUUGUGCUAAAAAUCGUCGUUGCGAAUCGUCCCGUGUAACAUCACCCGGCUUUAAAUCUCUCGAAUAUCACGUCAGUGAUCCAUAACCCCGGCCAGUCAAAACACGAGCUGGGGUCAGUAGCUUGCUGUACAAACCUGAAAUUCCCGUAUGGCGGGUGAAAUAAUACAGUCCAAACAUAUCACCCCUCCCCAACCCAGAGGGGGAGAAAAUCGGGCAAACAUGCCAAACGGAAUUCUUUCCACAAACUCUAAAUGACUCAUAUAUCAGUAAAAGUUGAUCCUUGCUCCCAAUGACCACCUAUCCAAAAGAUAAGAGAUUGUAAGCAGUCUUGGCUGAAUUUUGUUCCUCUCUCCUCAGGUCCUGUCUUUAGUAGCCUCAGCCGGACUUGGACGCGCAAGAGCAGCCGCUCACUGGACCUGGAACAUCACGCAACAUCUGCUUCAAAAGAUACCGGUGAAAGCAAAACACGGUUUUUAAACGACAACCUCUGUUUACUCGAAGUUCAAAAUGGUAGCAGUACGGCCUUAUAAACCCCAUUUUCAGUGCAUUUUUCCCCUGGGGGCCCGGGGCAUUUUGUACACGGAGCUGACAGUUUAACGCUUGUACUAAGCAACUGUCCUCUUUUCUCUCCCCCUUUUCUUUCGCUUUGGCCUUAAGGGUUAUACCUUUGUUCGCACAGUAAUAGUUGCUAUUUUCCCUGUAGAUUCAUUAUUGUCACGAUUUACUUGGCGCUGCCUGCAAAUGACAAAGGCCGAGUAUUUUGGAUUUCGAGCCAACCUCUUAAACUUAUUGAUAACUGCAAAAGACAACGGUUAAAAGGGAUCGUGUCGUGUUUGGAUAUAUAUAUUUCAUGAUGUCGGAUUACCUCUUAUCAAGAACUAUUCAGUUUUCGCGUAAAGAAAAUCCAUUUUCACGGGUUUUAUUGACCAUGCGGCUUAACUUUUGCAACUUUCCUGCGUAAAACCAAUUAUUUGAAAUGAAUAUUAACGAAAGCUUUUUCUAAAAAAUUUAGGUUGUUAAUGGGAUGUUUACAGCUUUUCCGGACCCCACACAUAGCGGCGAGUUUCUUUUUUUACCGCCUGUUCAUGGUGAAGGAGAAAGGCGGGUAUGUCAAUACCUUUGCGUCACAUUAAACGAAAAAACGAUAAUUCAAAUCUGAACGGGUAUUCUCUUUCUUUAAAGAGACUAUGACGCAGUAUUUUGCAAUCUUUUUGAAAAGCUAACACGUGUUUUAGCAUCAAUUAAAUUCCAAGAACCUUCGUCCGUUUUGUUAUUGGAGACUUUAGAGACCUUAAGAUUGAGGUGUUUUUGGGCAUUUGCCGCGAACUGCGAACGUCAAGAAGUCACGUGACCAGGGCCUUGCCGUCGGGUUUCAGGUUUGAGGUUCACGUUCACGGUACGGCUGGGCCACGCUUUAGAGGUAAGUGAUUUAACGCAAAGUUUUUUGCACCUUUAAGCAUCACAAUCCAACGUUUGAGAAGAAAUACGACUAUUUACAACUCUUUUGCUUAUUAAUUACCAAAUUCUACUUAAAAAAAAACGUAACUUGGAACACAAUUUCUCAGCUAAAAUAGAAGUAAGUGGAUGAAUGAAAACAAACAUGGCAGUCGCGAGCUACCACCCACGCAUCUUAAGUCCCAAAUAUGGGUAGACGGUUACCGUGAAAUCGUUAACAUCGCAGUUUGUCGUUUGCAGUAAAAUGACCAAACCUCGAUCUUAAAGUCUCUUACAUUUAGGCAUGCACUGAAACUUUUCCGGGCUCUCUGUUGCUGCGGGUGGAGAUGGAUUGGAACUUGAAAAAGUUGGCCCAACUUUUCAAGUUUUACUGCUCUGCUUCAAAAAUUAUCCCCCAAAAUUAUCGUGGUUUGUGCUCCCUGACGAAAUUCGUGCAACAUGUUCUUUGUAGAGCGAUUUUUGUAUCACCUUGAAAAAUGGUUUCUGUAAGUGUUCGUUAUUUGUUUUAUCAGCCAAUGGAUGAAAAGAUCGAAACAUGGACUCUUCGUUUUCCCGCCAAAUAAAACCUUAUUAUGGAUUAGGCAUCGUUCGAUUGGCGAAUCGUGUUGCAGUAUGACGUCAAAGCAAAGUAUAUCGAUUGAUUUCUAGAAAGUUCUCGGGCAUGAAUUUUUUUUUCUCACGCGUGUUUGUAUCCGUUCGAUAAACCAAUCAAAUCGCUCUAUUUCCGUUCGUUUGUUGUUUCUGUUUUGUUCGCGCGUUUUUAUUUCAAGGUCAGACGAAAAUCGCUCUAACUCCACCGGAGCAUUUUGUGUAUGGAGGGCAGUACGUAAUGACGUUUACACAGAGUUGAUCUAAAAUAACAAUAUCCUUUACAUAGCUCCCUUAAUAUGGACUUAAAGUAACGACGACGGCGAUGGCAACGACAACGAGAACGGAAAAAAAGCUAUUGGUUUAGUUUAGUAAUACACUCGGGGAGGGGCGGGGGGGCUGGGUUGCGGGGGUGCACUCAUGGGAAUCUUGGGGUAGGCGGGUGUGCCGCUGCGGCCCUCAAACCAUGACCUUCCUUAAGACAAAAAUCGUUCAUUUUGUUACCCUGUUUAAGACAAGAGAACUUGUUUUAUGACCCUGCACAUGACAGAAUUAAGGAUUUUUAAAAACUAACAUUAUGGAAUCAAAUUAUUUUGGAAAAAAGAUUGUUUGCAUCACAAAAUUAGACCGCUUAUCGUUAACCUUCACACUCUUUAACUUCAAAAAGUUCCAGUCCAAAAAGACACCUUGUUCAAGACGUUAAGUGGUGAAAUUGUAUACCCUGUGUAAGACACGAGAGCCUGAAUUAAAACCAUACCCUGUUCAGCGGCCCAUACCCGUUUAGGCCAAAUUAGGGAGUGCUCCCAGGGGAGCAAAACGACAACUUUGUUCGUGCAUCACACUUUUUUGUACAUUUCUUUGCCGUCGUUGCACGACUGCAACUUGAAACUUCCACAUUUCAUGUUUUGUGGAGGAGGUGAACACAAGAAUGAUUUUUCUUCUUUUGAACUUAGAUACAUUUCUUUAGAAUUCAACUGCAGAAAAAUUCACCGAUCUGUGAAAAAUUGGAUGAGAAGAAAUGUACCUGAACUGGCACUGGAUGAAACCGCGAGAACACCAAAAGGCGCCAUUUUCCCGUUGUUAAUUUGGGAGAGGGGAGGGGGUCUAAAUGUCACCACCCAUUUAAUUUUUUUUAAGAUUAUGGAUUAAAUAUAAUAAAUGCAUGGAGGACACGCAAAUGGGAAAUUUCAAGAUCGCCUGAUCGUUUAAUAAAGCAUAAUGUCUUAGUGAACACUGGUGAAUUUCCUCGAUUUUGGAGGUCUGUUUUUCAAACGUUUUCAGAGAUACCGUAAAAUUCCCGAAAAUAAGCCCCUCGAAAUAUAAGCCUCCCGGGGGCUUGUACUUGGAAAAUUGACCUCAAAUACUAAGUAAAACAAAGCAAAAACGAUAAAUUUACCUCCAACUAUAAGGCUAGCCCAAUCGAUUUUGAAACGCAAACUUCUCUCCGUAGACAAGCCCCUCCGAAUAUGAGCCCCUCCAAAAAUAUGCUCCUCAAUAGGGGCCUUUUAAAAAAUAUAAGCCCCGGGGCUUACUUUCGGAAUUUUACGGUAUAACAACUUAAACGUGUUUUUUAAAUUUUAUCUAGGAGAUUGUUGGACGAAAGCAAAAACUGAGGAGAUCCAAACGCCUUACAGCGAAAGGCGAUUACCAAAGAAUAAUAGAUGCUUCAGAGCCAUUUCCGGUUUCUCCUGAACGGAAGCGAAAAUACGACAAAGAAGAAGGGGAAGAGGCAUUAAUUGAGGAGCUCAUUCAUGUCAACGAGAGUUACAAGUCUGAUGAAGAUGCCGACUAUGUUCCGGAAGAUGACGAAGAUGAGGAAAGCGAGUCGUCGGGAGACGACGACGACGACGACGACGAAGAUGAUGAUGAUGAUGACGAUGAAGACGAUGGAGCCGACGAAGACGAAGACCAGGACGAGGUUGGCACGAAGACGCUCGUUAAACCCGCGACAACAGUACAAGCUGAGUCUAAGACUGAGGCUAGAGGUACAGUUCAUGCUACUUUUCAAGGAAACACUGAUUCACAGAUUAAGACGUCAGUCAAGCAAAAGCCAGCAACUCAAGGUAUUUCGCCAGCGAAGACUGUUCCUAAGCAAGAAUUAUCGGUCAAACCUGAAGCCAAAGUCCAAGCUAUUUUACAAGAGAAAGCCGAGUCCGAGAAAACUGGUAAAUUGAAUCAGAAUAGAGUGGAAGAAAAGAAAGAUGCCGGAAGACACGCUAAGGCCAACGCUUCUAAUGCCGACACUGACCCAAAAAAAAAUGAAGCCCCGAUUGCAGAUGCCAAGAACAAAGAAAAGGCUGAAAAGGGGACGAAAACGGUAGAUGGUGGGCUGUUAGGCGUGUUCAAAGCAUUCAACAACAAAAUGUAG